CGGGCGGUAUAUUUGAUCGAUAAAUCCGCGGUCACACUGGCCGGGUGGCGUAUUGAUAAAAAGAAACUAAAUAAAUGUGUAAAAAGAACUAAUAAAUUCUGAUAAAGAGCCACAAAAGUGCCACGAGACGACACCAUCCAGCGAGACGAUAAUUGAACAAAAAAAAUGCGUGCGCUGAGGAUAUUCGCGAAGCAGGUGCCACCGGCGCACAUCUUAAAUAUUAAAUCAAUAGUUUUGCUAGUUAUUGUCACACUAUUAAGCGCUCCCCAUGCUGUGCUGUCGCGUAAACAUCACCUGGAAGUUCGCAACGAUAUGCGCCCCUACAUUGCACUGAGCACAUUCGGCUUCUACACCAAUGGCCACCUGGAUGUGCAGCUCAGUAAGCUGACCAUUGAUGGAGAGAAUUCCGGGGACUUGUUUGGCCUGUCGCUGGACAAGACCACCAUUGACCAAUUGAAUCCCUAUCUGGACUCGCAUCAAAACAAAUGCAUACUCGAGGAGCCGCCCAAUAUGCAGACCAGUGGACCCAUACUAUUCUUUGUUCUCGAUCUGAAGGAGCUAAAAGUGCGCGUUAAGUGCUCCCCCGAAUGGGGCAAUAUGCACAUCUACAAGGAUGUCGCCUCGCGUCACAAGCGCAACUCCUUGGCCAAGGUCAGUGACUCGGCGCUGUUUAGGCAGCGGCGCGAUAUACCGCCGCCGUACUCUGCCGAGGGAGCCGAUGACAUGGACGAGCAUUCAGUGGAGGAGCCCAUGGAUACGGAAGAGCUGAGACAGCCGCGUGUCGUGAAACCAUCGCCGCCCAUCGCCGUUGUGGGCAAAAUCGAAACGCCAGCCGAUGUGAAGCCCAGCCCCAAAGUGCCGGCUGCCGCCAAGGAGGGUGUGCCUGCUGCUCCUGCCAAAAUUCAGGACGAUGCUGUUCCCGAGACUGAGAAGGAUGCACCAGUCAAGAUUCCUGAACAACUUACCCUGGACAAGGAGCGUUUAAAAUCGUUGAUGAACACCAUAUACAAGCCACCGAGGAGGCCUGAACUCAAACAGGAAGCUGCUGUCGACCCAGAAGCUGCUGGCAAGGAGGAGGAAGAUGUUGUACCAGCGCCCAAACAGCAGCAGCCAGUGGAAGCGCCAAAGGUGGCUUCAUUCCCACCACCACCAGCAGCUGCACCAGCAGCUGCAGCUGCAGCUGCUGCACCUGACACUGACACUGAAUCCGACAAGACCAAGGCCGACAACGAUGGCGAAGAAGUAGCACCAGCCCCUGUUAAUCCCUGGCCCUCUGAGCCACUUGGCCCCUUUCCCGGCGAGAGUCUGCCUGAAAUGGGGGAGGGCAGCAGCAUGUAUAAUUCGUACAAGCAAUCGCAGAAUGCACUGUGCAAGGACUCGACGCUACCGCUGGACAGGCAGGUCAUCCAGGGUGUGACAUAUUACAACUUUACCUUCUCCAUGCUGGUGGCCACGCUGCGGGAUGAGGGCCUCUACAACUUGUACUUCCAUGCCUGUCCCAAUUAUUAUGCGCCCAAAAUAGUGUCCUUCAAUGUGGACAUUGAGGAGAACAACAAUGGCAACUAUCUGUCGGCGGGGGAGAUGCCCCUGCCGGCGCUGUACUUCAUGAUGAGUCUGCUCUUCUUCCUGUCCGGCCUGUUUUGGGUCUUCAUUCUGAAGAAGAGCAAGCACACUGUGUAUAAAAUCCAUUACCUGAUGGCUGUGCUGGUGUUCCUCAAGUCGCUCUCCCUCAUGUUCCAUUCAAUCAACUAUCAUUUCAUUGAGAAGCGCGGCGAGCAUGUGGAGACCUGGGCCAUACUCUACUACAUCGCCCAUCUGCUCAAGGGGGCUGUGCUCUUCAUAACCAUAGUGCUUAUCGGCACUGGCUGGACCUUCAUCAAGCACAUACUCUCGGACAAGGACAAAAAGAUCUUCAUGAUUGUCAUCCCCCUGCAAGUUCUGGCUAAUGUGGCCCAAAUCAUCACAGACGAAUCGGACCAGAGCGAUGCCGAGUUUCGCACUUGGCACAACAUUUUCUUCUUUGUGGAUCUGCUGUGCUGCGGCGCCAUACUGUUCCCCAUUGUGUGGUCCAUUCGCCAUCUGCAUGAGGCCUCUGCCACCGAUGGCAAGGCGGCGAUCAAUUUACGCAAACUGAAGCUCUUCCGCCAGUUCUACAUUAUGAUCGUUUGCUAUAUCUACUUCACACGCAUCAUUGUCGACCUGCUCCAGAUGACUGUGGUGUUCCAGUAUGCCUGGCUGGACGAGAUGUUUCGCGAGAUGGCCACCUAUGUGUUCUUCGUGCUGACGGGCUAUAAGUUCCGUCCAGUUUCAUCGCAUCCAUAUUUCACAGUGCCCGACGACGAGGAUGACGAUGAGGUGGAGGUGCUCACUGGCUCUGGCCUAACCGAAACAGUGCACCGCAUUAAGCCGCUCAAUCGCAGUGGCAGCCAUGGCUCGGCCGGUGCUGGCAUAACCAUCAUUGAGGGCAAUGAGGAUGAGCGCGAGAAUCUGAUUGCGAAACGAGAAUCAAGUCAUGAAUACGAUUAGGCGAUAUGGAAUAUCCCCCAGCCCACGCCCCGCCCCCCAAACACACACUAAACAAGCAAUCCAAUCUUUAUAAAUAUAAUUCCAAUGCAUAGUCUUUAGUCUCCCAGCAGCACGUGUCUCCACACCCGCCCCCAAAGAACUCGCCGAAUCUUCGCCCUGAAAUUCUAGCAAUAUUUUACCCCCAGAGAGAGAGAGAGUAGAUUGUGUGUGUGUGUGUGUGUGUGUGUGUGUAGGUCUUUAUUUGGAUCAAUUCAGCAAACAUUACUGUAGCAUUAUGGCUAGA